CAUGCUAUCGGCAUGGUCAGCCCCAGUGGCCUAAUGGAUAAGGCACUGGCCUCCUAAGCCAGGGAUUGUGGGUUCGAGUCCCAUCUGGGGUGAAGAUAGUUUUUCUCUCUUUGGCUUCUGUCGGUGUUCGUUGUGUCGUUCAGUGGGUGUCAGUCCCGUCUUAUAAACGUAGUUUAACGUUAUGUCGUUUGUAUUCGUGUGGAUCGCGUUGGCAGUUAGAUAUGCUGUUUUGUAAAAAGGAAGCUCUUUGCUGCCGGAUUUCCCAAUUCAUUUUCAGUUUCUGUGCUGCACGUGACUGAACAUCGACGUCGAGACACUAACAAGAUGAACAACAGCAUUCGUGUUUUAAUUCUCGCUUGUUUUGCUGCAACAGCGAGAAGCGACAAGCUGCUGAAGGCCACGGCGUACUGGGAUUCGACCCAUAAGGCCGUUCUGCUGAAGGAAGGCGUUCUGGACCCGCAGGGCGAUGCGUACGGUUACUAUAACGACACGCUGUCAUCGACGGGAUGGGGUGUGCUGGAGAUCCACGCCGGAUACGGACAGACGGCGGAGCCGGACGACGUCACCAUGUUCACGGCGGGAUAUCUGGAGGGUUUCCUCACCGCACCGCAGAUUUUCGAUCAUUACACCAACAUGUACCCGCAGGUGAUCCAGAAUCCUAAAGUGCUGGGCCCCGUGAAGCGCUUCAUGGCUAAGCAGGACGAGUGGUCUCGGGCUCAGGUGAAGCGUAACACCAGCGAUCCUCUGUGGAUUCACACGGGUCUGAUUCUGGCGCAGCUGGACGGACUGCAGGCCGGAGUGACCGACUGGGCCAAAAAACACGGCAGGACGCCUCUGUCCCAGUUUGCCAUUCAGUUCCUGAAUGUACUUGGUGAUCUGCUGGAUCUGAUCCCGGCACUGUUUCCCAGUGGGACGCCCGGCUUUAACCGGUAUAAAGCUCCUCCGAUGGGACACUGCUCUGCGCUCAUAAAGAUGUUGCCCGGCUUUGAGAACCUGUUGUUAGCUCACUCCACCUGGUACACGUACGCCGCCACCAUGCGCAUCUACAAACACUGGGACUUCAGACUGAGAGAGCCGCAUACGGCCACCGGAAGACUCUCCUUCAGCAGCUACCCUGGGUGUCUGGAGUCUCUGGAUGAUUUCUAUCUGCUGGGCAGCGGUUUAAUGAUGACUCAGACCACUAACAACGUCUUCAACACCUCGCUGUACUCCUACGUCACUCCUGCCAGCCUGUUCUCCUGGCAGAGGGUUCGACUGGCACACGCACUGGCAAGCACUGGAGAGCAGUGGGCCAAAACCUUCUCCAGAUACAACUCUGGGACGUAUAAUAACCAGUACAUGGUUGUGGACAUGAGUAAAGUGAAUCUGAGCAGCAGUCUGGAGGACGGAGCGCUGACUGUGGUGGAGCAGAUCCCGGGACUGGUGGAGUAUUCAGACCAGACGCAGACGCUGCGCAGAGGUUACUGGCCGUCGUACAACGUGCCGUUCCACCGUAAGAUCUACGAUCUGAGCGGAUACGAGCAGAUGUGGAAGGAGCAUGGUGAGGAUUUCUCCUAUGACCUUUGCCCUCGCGCCAAGAUCUUCCGCCGCGACCAGUCGUCUGUCAGCGACCUGAACUCCCUCAAACACAUGCUGAGAUACAACAAUUAUAAGAGCGACCCGUACUCGAAGGGCGACCCGUGUAACUCCAUCUGCUGUCGUAACGACCUGCAGGGGCAUGAAGCCAGUCCCGACGGAUGUUUCGACACCAAGGUGACGGAUCUGCACAUGGCUCAGAAGUUAGUGGCAGAGGCGGUGAGCGGCCCGACCACAGACGGAGGGCUUCCUGUCUUCUCCUGGGAGCCGUUCAACAGCACGUCCCAUCAGGGUCUUCCUCCCAAAUACAACUUCAGCUUCAUCCUGAUGCAGCCGCAGCUCUGAGGAUCAUGGGAUUUCACCUCUGGCCUGCUUUUGAACUCUAUAUGUCUAGAACUUAAAACAACUCUGAACUCUUGAAUCUUUCCAUUUAGCAUCCAUUUAGUCUCUUUUCAUUGAUGGACUGAAUAAAUCGUAAUGCUCUAGUGCUCGUUUUCACCACACAAGAGAAAAACAACAACCAUGCCUUGGUAAAUCAUAAUUGCCAUAAAUAAUAAAUGACAUAAAAACAUGAAAUUAUGAUAUACGCAAGUCAAAAUUAUAAGGUAAAAUGUCAAAAUCAUGACGUACUAGGUCAAAAUUAACAUACUAGGUCAGACACACGAUAUAUGUAUGAGGUAAAAAGUUGAAUUUAUGACACAUGAAUUUGAAAUGGACAAUUACGUGGUAAUUUUAAAUUUUAAAUUAUGGGACAUGUACAAUUUUAAAUUAUGGGACAUGUAGUUGAAAUUGACAUUCUAAGUCAUAAUGAUGAGGUAAAAUGUCAAAAUUAUAAAUAAAAAAUGAACAUAACUCAUUAUUAUAAAGUAAAAUGCUGAAAUUAUGACAUACAAGGUUGAAAUUGACAUACUAAGAUAUAUUUAUGAUGUAGAAUGUUGAAAUUUAUGAAACACCAAGUUGAAAUUGACAUACUAGGUCAAAAUUUACAAAAAAAAAUUAUAAUUUAGUAUUGUAAAACAUCAAAACUAGUGCAUACUAAGUCAAAUAUGAGGUAAAAAGUCUAAAGUACAACAUACUAAAUCAUAAUUGUGAGGUAAAAAGGCUAAAUUAUGAUAUACUAGGUCGAAAUGGACAUAAAUAUGACUCAAUGUUGACUUUCUAUCUCAAAUAUUACUUUGAUUUUUAACUUAACUUAAUAAAUAUGACUUGCGUCAUUUUCUUUUUUCCACACUUCACCUCAUAAAUUGAGGUUGGUAUGUUGGUAUGUUGUUAUUUUGUCUUUUCAUCUCAAAUAUGACUUGGAAUGUCACAAUUUUGAAUUAUCAUAAUUAUGAUUUACUGAAGCAUGACUUUUUUUUUGUCUGAAAUUACCGCAACACAGAUGAACAUCUUAAAAGUGAGGACAUCAAUAUCUUUUCAUUUUUUACAUGUAGUCAAAGAUCCUAAUGAACAACACAAACAGAAAAACUAUGUUUCUAAUGUAAAUGUCAACAACUGGAAUGUCUUGUUGUCGCUGUCGCUGUGACAUCUCUUAAAUGUUUCAGAUCUCUUCUCAGGGAAACUGACUCAGAAGUCUCUUUUAUCUUCAGCUGUGAAUUUCUGUGAGCAUCGCUGUCACAAUCAGUAUGUUUGUAAUCCGUGCCGCAUGUGAUUUUCUCUUUGAUUUGACCAAUGAAUGAAUAAACAUCCUCAUUUCUCAA